UUUGCUUGCUCGAGCUCGUCCCGAUAAACACAAGCAGAGAAGGAAGCGACGACAUCAAUUCGUUUCUUACUUUCUGAUCAUCAUCUGUCACUAUUUUACCUAGGAGCUAGCGGCUCUGUGAGCACGGACACUUUUAUAAACGGUUUUUAGUUUUUAUAUAUAUAGAUAUAUUUAGCUUUGACACAGCUGCUACCUCUGUUUUUCAUCUACUGCCAACUGGUUGACUUUGACGCAAUAUGCCUUCAGAAAAAACCUUCAAACAAAGAAGGACAUUCGAGCAGAGAGUAGAAGAUGUCCGACUGAUCCGGGAGCAGCACCCCAACAAGAUACCCGUGAUCAUUGAGAGGUAUAAAGGAGAAAAACAGCUCCCCAUCCUGGACAAGACCAAGUUCCUGGUGCCAGACCACGUCAACAUGAGUGAACUCAUCAAGAUUAUCAGGAGGCGCCUCCAGCUAAACUCCAACCAGGCUUUCUUCCUGCUGGUGAACGGUCACAGCAUGGUGUCCGUGUCGGCGGCCAUCUCUGAGGUGUACGAGCGUGAGCGGGACCAGGACGGCUUCCUCUACAUGGUCUACGCCUCCCAGGAGACCUUCGGCACCGUCGUCAGCGCCCAGUGAAAAACAGCCUUCCUUCUUCCCAUCUACCCUGGCCAGCGAUUGGACAAUUAUAGUUUUUAGCCCCCCCCUCCUCCUCCUCCCUCUCCCACAGCCAUGUUUUCCCUCCGGUUACACGGUCGUCUUUGCCACGUUAGUCUUUGACUGUAAGAAAAAACACGGAAGCAAACCGCUAAAUGUUUAAACACGAUAACGUUAACGGCUCAGAUCGAUUUCGGGGGCCGUCGUCUCUCUCGCCGCAGCGUUCCGACACACUUCACCCGGUAGCAUAAAAGCCACGAGGGUCAAACCAGAACAGCAGAGUUUGAGUACAGAAAUCCCCCCCCCCAAAAAAAUCUGACUCAAGGCCAUUAGUCUGUUAGUGUGUGUCUCUGCUUCUUUUAUCGUCUCUGGUGAAUCAGCUGUCACGGCAACGUACCCACAGUUCGUUUUUUUAAUGUUGUGGUUCCGUGUCUCUUAGGCUGUAUUUAUGUUAAUGUAUAUAUACAUUUCAGGUAGCAGGUAUUACAUGAAAGUGGUGCGGCUCCGCCACUUAUCUACACAUAUAUAUACAUUAGCCAAUGAACAAAGCCCACCUUAGAUUUAAGGUUUGUGGAGACAAAUGCCUGAAAAAAGAGAGAGAGAGAAAGAGAGAGCAAGAGAGAGCGAGCUUUGGCUUCCUGAGGUUUUUUUAUUGCAGUCUGAGGUCAAAUUUAGGAGUCGGAGCCUAGAGAAGAAGAUCCAUGUUAAAUGAAAAAUCUGCAUCUCUGCUGUGUGUGUCUCGUCACAUUCCCUUUACGCUCCUUCUUCGGUGUUUUUUACCCUCCCUGCCUUCGUAGCCUAUAAAAGCAUCUUCACUGUAAACAAAAAAACAAACAACAACAAAAAAAAAGACGUAAGGAAAACUGCUUUGCUCUCCAAACAGAUGAUUGUAGUUCGCAUUUAAAAAAAAAAAAAAAAAAAACUUUAAAAAAAAAACCUGCCUUGGUGUACAGAUGGUGAUGUUACGGCUUAUGAACAUAAAAAAGUGAGAGUGUAACCAAGUUGACUUUGGAAAACACUAUGAAGAGCACGGUGUGAUUGCAUGUGUGAAUGAAGAGGGAGUUGGGGGGGAAGGGGGUGCGGGGGGUGGGGUGUUUCUGUAUAUGCUGAUGAUGGUGGAGGGUUUGGAGGGGAAGGUCGCUUAAAAUAAGACAGCGUUCGUUUCCUUUGAAGGAAAAGCGAAAGAAAAGAGUGAAGCGUGGGUGUCUGUGUUUCACCUUUGGACCAAGAGCUGCCACUGCUGCUCUAUAACACAUAUUAAAUAUCCUGUAUGUGCGUCUAUCUGUCUGUCUGUAGAUGGACCUUCACACCUUCAUCCUCCUCCUCCUCCUCACCAUCUCUCUUUUAACAGAUGGAGGUUUAGCUGCUUUUGUAUCGCAGUAUUUUAUCGUUUAGUUAUUUUUUGGUUCGUUUUUAUUUAACGUGAUUUUUAUUUCGAUCGUACGACAUGUCUCUCUCUACUCUCGCUGUCCACACACAGUAUGUGAAGUACAAAGGUGACUUUUCUUUUCUUUUCUUUUUUGUGUUUUUUUUUUUCCUGACUAGUAAAAGCCACUGUGUGUUCGUUUACAGAGGGGUGGAGCAUUUGUUUUUAGUUGGUGUCUUUUUUUCCCCCCGCCUGCUCCUCUGUUUCACACACACGCAUCCACACACAGCAAUAUCACUCAUUCUCCUUUAUGUAUUUAUGUUGGUAUUUUAUAAACAAUAAAAGGAGAAAAAAAAUGGAA